AUGCCUCCUCCCGAGAACGACGGCAACGACGGCUAUGACGCCGACACCGAGCAGAAGAAGCCGGCUACCACCGACAAGCGCAGCACCGACCGUGAAGACAGCCCCUCGUACAUCCCGCCCCUGCACGAACAGAGCGCCGAAGAAAGGGCUCUUCGUGCGGAGAUCAAGAUGGUCAAAGAGGAGAUCGCGUGGCACAAGGAGCUCAACAAGAGCCGGGCUGCGCGCGAGGAUCAGUCCGAGGGGGGAAACACGGAGGGGGUUGAGGGGUCGAAGGGGACGGAAGAAGUUGAGGGGUUGGAUUGA